CAUGGCAUAUCACAGAGAAAAAGAGAAAGGGAUGUUAUAGUGGAGUGCAGAGGACAUGAUGCUGCUAGGAUUCAGAAUGUUCAACAUGCUCAUGGAUGGGAGGAUGAUGUUGUCAAUAUGCUUGACGAGAAGGAACAGAAGCACAAGAUUCUUGUUUCUUUCGAGUGUGAGACACUGAAAGCAGGUAAAGAAGCUGAGGACCAUAUCAACAAAUUCAUGCCCAAAUUAGCCGGGACAGAUGCUGUUGGUAUGUUACCCUAUUGCCAUCAUUUUACACUUUACGAAGAUUUGUCUUUCCGAUAGUAAUAUGUCUCUGAUAAUGGUGUUAGCUUUCUCUAAUAAUCUUAUAUGGAUAUCAAACAAAUUUUGGACUAGUGGAUUUCAUGACUUCGGUAUGUUUCUGUGUUGUUGCUCCUUGCGGCUGUUUAAAUUGUACCAACUGCACUUUUUUAUUUCCGGAUAAGCCGAACAUAAAGAAGGGAAAGAGGCUUUUCAAAUGUUUACCUCAAUUAAACAUCCAACCAGGAAAUUUCACCAUUAUUUGCACCAAUUCGUAGUAUUAUGAUCUGAAAGUUUGGGUCUUCUUAUGAGAUAUCUAUGUUGCUCGG